ACGAGCAGACGCCUUCAGCACGUUCAAUCUUCGUGAGCAGAACGAGAGAUUUGGCACAGUUUUUUUUCUGAAGACAUAAACAACAAAAACUUUUAGGGAUUUUCCUCUGAAAUUGGUAGAUAGCCGAUUGUCAAUGCAAGAUCAUGUAUGACGAUGAGGAAUCGAGGACAAAAUGUGACAGUGAAACGCAGACGGACUAUUCCCAAUCUUCAGACGAAAAUAGAUCACCAGGACCUCCAACUCUGUCACCUCAACUACCUGAAUCCAACUAUAACAAUAAUAACUUCCGCAAAAGAGUCUUACGUGACAUAACGGACGACCAAGAGCUGAAGAUGCCCAAAUUAGAUCCAAUUUUCCCUUCUGAUGAUGAAUCGGCUGUCUCUUCUUCAGAAGUUAAACUGAAAUUAUCUCCAGUUUUCUGUCUUGAUCAAGAAAAUUCUACUUCGAAUAUGAAAUACUAUGUUAUUGAUAAAAGUUGUCUUGAUGCGCAAACAAGCGAGAUGACAGAGCUAAGCCUAGAGGCCUACCAAGCUGUUAACCGCCAUAAUAUCAUCAAUGAUCACCAUGAAUUCGAUCAACAGCAAACAGCAACAGAAGACGACCAUCUUGGUGAUUUGAAGACUGAUACACCAGAACAGAAUCCGUUUCUUUCAGCCAAAGACUCCUCAACUGGCAAAAAACAUGUAACAAUAGCAACAUCAGCAUUAUCGAACUCGUCAUCGCCAACUCAUCAAGGUCUCUCGGCAUUGUCACCAGCUUCCAUCAGUCCAAAUGGUAAACGAUUUAAACAAAGUACACCCAUGCCAUUUUCACUUCAAGCAGGAAUACCAACAGAGUCAACGCCUCAAAUGUCCAGAAUGACUGGAUUCCUACCACCAAGUCAAGGGUCUUAUGUAUAUACUCCCCAUCCAAAAAGUGGUCAACUAUUUUAUGUUUCAACCAUAUCAGAUGCGUCACCUGAUCUCCAGCCUGCCACUGUCCAGACACCUGAAACCAUCACGAAAACUAAUAUCGGUAGAAACUCGUCACCAUUUUCACAGUUAAUACCCGGAAGCUUGACGUUGAACAGCAGUACUGAAGAGAAUAGGAGUAUGCCCAGGACUGAGGAGAAUGGUGAUAAACUGUCACUCAACGCCAAGAGAUUUGUCUCCCAUCGUCAAAGAUAUGAUCUUCUUAAUUCACCAGAAAUGCUGGAAGAUGAGCCCCGGGAAUCUCACAAUUUGAAAGAAAGACGACGAAGGGCUCGAAUCAAGGAAGCGUGUGAUUUGAUGAGAACCAUUAUUCCAGGAAUGUCAGAAAAGACAGACAAAGCUACUGUGUUCGAGUUUGGUGCCAGAUACAUACAUUUUCUUAAAACUUACACUGGAAGCAAGUAUGAUAAGGAUUUUCUCAUCAAGUACAGUCCAUAUUAG